AUGGUACAAUUGUUCUAUUACGAAACCCUGGGUCGACGCUGCGACAAGCUUAUUCGGAUCAACGGCCGCCAAAUGUCAUUGGAACUGUACGCCUUUGAGGGUAUUCCUUCUACCAGUAUGUGCAAUCGAUGGGAGCUGAGGUUUCCCUGGUUUACAUGUCGCUACUGUUCUGUUGUCAAGACCUGCGGACCCAAUAAGCGCUACGUGGCACGGGCGAAGGCCAUGUGUACAAAGCACGAUGGUGCGCUGUUCGUGACGGGCAAGUUCAAGGACGACGAGGAAGGAAUGGCUGGUAAACCGCACUUCUGCAUCUUCCUUACCAGCAAUGUGACCCAGUCAGACUUUCAUGCUGGUUACAUCCUUACUGGCACUCUUCAGCGUGGUGACCGACGAAAGAAUGAUUGGGAGACCACGCACUUCGCCAUGGUUCGACGCAAAGGCUACUGA